CUGGACCGCUGCAUUUGUGUGCAGAACAAUAUACUUCAUGUUGCUGCGCGGUUGAGGGGAAAUGCAGGGCCACUAGCUGUAGAGAGGAACUUGUUUUUCUCUGGCAAUAGAGCUGAAAUGCUUUGCAUGAAUCAAUGUGUUGGAUUAACAUGGAUUUAGUAUUGUGUCGCUCUUUUAUUUGGACUCCACUGUCAGUCUGACAGGAGUACAUGAGCUCACCUAUGGCAAAUUUGGAAAGAAACAACAAGAUCCUGCUUGAGUUGGUGCAACGGCCAGGUAACAACGUUUGUGCUGACUGUAGAGCUCCUGGUGAGUACACGGACAAAGGUUCAUACUCGGUAUUCAUUUUCAUGUAAUUUCCCAUUAUCAGACAGCUUUAACGUGUAUCUUUGAUCUGAAUUUACGUACAUAAAUGUUAUAAUUAAGUUUUAGGAAUAGGAAUGUGACCUGCAUACGAGGCGUAUAUCUAAAAUAGAAUAUAAUUUGAUUAAUUAAAUGAAAGUGAUGCUACUACACUUCAUAAAGGGAAGUGGCAGAUACAGUGUUUUCUUUGGUAUUACCUUACUGUUCCUCUUAUACCACCGAACCACUGACAAAACAACACUCUAACAGAUGAAGUGAAAACUGACAGUUCAGAUGAUUUGAAGAGCCUAUUAGCUUUCAAAAUAACUUUUAUUAUCACUGCUGUGAUCCAUAUUUGUUCCUCAGAGAGUAUGUAAUGCAUUUCCAUCGGGUGGGAAACUUCUUUCAUGAUAUUUCUGCUCACAGAGCCUGACUGGGCCUCCUGCACUCUUGGUGUCUUUGUGUGCCUGAACUGUUCAGGGUUGCACCGUAAUUUGACGACAAUCAGCAGAAUCAAAUCCAUCCAUCUGGAUCUUUGGGAAGAUUCACUUGUUGAGGUAUUGGUUCCUAGUCUGUAAUGAUGUCGAAUUGAUAGUUACCAUGGUUAUUUGAUCCACAUUUUUAAACAUGUAAAUGUUUAUGCUGGUCGCUUAAUAUUUGAGUCAACUUGCUUAAACUUUUACUGUCCUACAUGCUGUGGUUCAGUUCAUGAAGGAGAGGGGGAAUUCUGCAGCCAAAGCCAUCUACGAGAAGUGUGUUCCUGUCUUUUACUACCGGCCGCAGGAAAAGGACUGCAUGUGAGUAGUUAUUUGUCUGUUCACCAUCUUUUCACAAACAGGAACAAAGUUAUUGUCUAUGGUAGAGCAAAUGGCAGUAUGUUGAUGGUAUUCACUUGACUUUGGAGGAUAAGUGAUAAGUGUGUUGUUCUGAUUUUCAGUGUUCUUAAGGAACAGUGGAUUCGAGCGAAGUAUGACAGGAGAGAGUUCACAGGUGAAAACGUCCUCUAUCAGCACGCCUACAGCUCCGGUAAUCCUUCUGGACUUAUAAAUAUGAAUGAGUCUUUCCUCUUUUCUAUUUUGUCGUCACGCUCUGCAGUUUUCUCGUCUUUUCUUUCACUAUGUAUCCAACUCAGAAAUGUUCGAGGCAACACUGUGGAAGAAGGGCAAAGACAAUAAGCAGUUUCUGAAAAGGAUCUUCCAGCUGUCCCCAAAAGAUUUCACCCUGAAAUAUUUCAUCAAAGAGGAGGUGAGAGCUCUUUUUUUUUUGCCACGUCCUUAAUUUCAUUUUUUGCCUAAUUAUUUUUCUAAUCAUUUUAAGUCCUCACAUCUCAACCUUUACAUCAAAUUGAAGUCCAAGGUUCCUAAAGCGGUCAUUUCCAUGAAAGAUCUGAACGCAGUUUUCCAGCCGGAGAAAAUUGCUCACAAUCACGGGCUGCAGAUCUCUUACCAGCAGGGGGAACACACAAGAAAUCUGUUUGUGUAUCAUGAGAGAGGACAGGUGAGAUCAAGUGUUGCUGAAUUUUCUCUUUUUAGCUUGAAUGCAGUUGUAGAGAUACAAAAUCCCAUAUCUAAUUUCUUACAGGUGAUUGUGUCCUUGUUCAACGCAAUCCGUGCAACACGCUUUGCAUACCUGCGGAGGAAACAUCCCACACUUCGAACCAGUGAAGUGAGUAAAUAUCUGAAAACUCAUAGUUACAGAGAGAUUAUUUCAGUUUCAGUCAUUUAAUUGUGCUUUUUUUUUGCUUUUCUUUGCACAGUUAUUACCUAAAAUAACAAGAUACUGUCUGAAAGAGGGCUACAUGGAAAAAACGGGCCCAACGGUCUGUAACCUUUAAGAAAUAUGACAGAAAAUGAUCGGGUCUAGUCGCACUUGCACAUACACUUAAUUAAAAUGAUGUAUCUGUCUUUCUGUUUCAGCACCGAGAGCCGUUCAAGAAGAGAUGGUUCACACUCUGCUUGAUGGCCCGAAAGCUUCUUUAUUACAAAACUCCACUGGUAAUAACAGAUCAUUAAAGCGACUGAUAAUGUUGUCAUGACUGUCAAUCAACAUCUCUGUUCUGUUUCUGUCAGGAUGCUAUAGAGUUGGGCGCUGUCUUCAUCGGCUCGGAGAACCACAGUUACUCUGUCUCGGAGAACAGCUGCCGCAGCUCGAAGAGAAGCCGGUGGAACUGCGGCAUCACGCUCCACACCCCGGGCAGACAGUUUGUGUUCAUGUGUGAGCAGGAGCAGGAACAGAGGGAAUGGCUGGAGGCCUUCACGAAGGUCAUCUCUCAGCCCAUGACCCCAGAGGACUAUGCCAGUAAGACACUGAUGAAAAAGAGUUUAAAUUAGAUUCAUCUUUAUGUGAAUAACCACUCUAACUCUUUUUUAUCUUUGCUAUAGAUGAAGCCAACAUGAAGAGGGGGAGAUGACUUUGACACCUCUACCUUGACGCAUACUAGAAACUGUCUCUUGAACUUUAUGCAAGGUGGUUACCACAGUGAUGCAGCAAAUAUUUAUUCCUUGCAUUUCUUUGUAUUUAAAAUGACAAGCUCCAGUGUUUUUGUGGGUUUAUUUGUGUUUUUUUUUACAUAUAUAUAUAUAUAUAUUUAAUGUUUUUUAACCUGUUUUGGCAUGAACCUAAGAGCACUACGAUCAUGCCUAGUCCUCCGUACACUGAGUCAAAUUGGCAUCUCUAGUUUGCACAUUUUAAAAGCUUUGAUUUUGUCUUUCUCACACACUUGGCUGUCAACAUGAAUUUAUAACAGUGAAAGUUGUACAUAAUUUCAAUAAAUUUGAUACACAACCAG